GUCCAGUUGGUGGCGGUAAUGCACCUUUAAAAAUCCAAUGAAGAAGAAGAAAACAAAAGUUUUUAUUUCGGGACAACCAACGCUCUUGGAGAAACAGCUAUAGUUUGACGUUGAAUCCUGGGGCAGUAAAGCACAGCAUGGGUUGGAAACUCUUCUACUGUGUUUUUAUAUUGAUGGUUGGCCUUCUUGAAUGCCCCUCGAUCGGUAAUGGUAUCAUUCUUAAAACUGUGAAUUUGAAGCACUCUGUCACUCUCCCUUGCAAUGCAACCUGUGACAUUGGCAUCGUUUGGAGGAUUGUGGAUGGCCAGGUCGUUGCCAAGAUUGAUCAAGGAAAACUUACUGAAGGAAAGACCUUUGAGAAGAGGGUGGAAAUCAACAAAGACCUCUCUCUCACAAUAUUCUCUGCGGUGUACAAUGACAAGGGCUCAUAUGAGUGUAUCUGUCAAUUGCGUACUGUUGCAGAUGUAAAGCUAGAUGUUCUGGUCCCGACAGAACUAUCAGCUCACGUCGGAGAUAAUGUCACACUUCCCUGCUAUGGCUUGACCAAUAAGCAGGCAACCGAUGGUGAGAUGUAUGUCCAGUGGGAGAAAGAUGGACAGACUGUCCUGAAGAUUGACCCGACCAAUGCUACCUAUGGCCCUGGAUUCAUUGACAGGACAUCAGUGACCAGGGAUGGUUACAUAGAGGGUGACCUCUCCCUCACCAUCACCAGUGUACACUCAUCUGACCAGGGGACUUACCUGUGCUUCUUCAACCAUGAUAGUAAUCCAGGAUAUCCACAUGGAAUCACUCUCACUGUCAAAGAAAACCGUUUGGAGUCUCCGAGUGAGACAACUCCAACGAGUGAGACAACUCCAACGAGUGAGACAAAUGGUAGGAGUAGGUGGCCAUUAGUGGGACCAGUAUCUCUAGUAGUAAUUCUAGUCAUUUGUGUGUUAGUGAUGAUCUGCAAGAAUAAGCAGAGACCUCCAACCAUUCUCUACACAAACACUGGAACAGAGGAUAACGCAAUGGUUGACCAAGGACAUCUUUCCACCGAGGAGACCCCUCUUCCUGUUCCAGUCCAGGAAAGCAAACCAGUGAUCACUGACAGCCAGAAGAGUUCCGAUGAUCAUCCUGAUGAGCUCCCUGUCAUGAGCAAGGAACGCACAGAGGAGGAGGACCUCCAUCUCCCCGUGGCUGAAAGUGGGACACUGCUAGAGCAGAAGAAGAGUAACACGGAGUUGAGUUAUGUUUGAAAUACAUAUGUAUUUGCUAAAUGAUUUAAAGAAUGUUUUCUAUAUUUAUGUUUAUUUUAUCAAAUGGAAUAACUACUAUUGUUCACAAAGUGUAAACCUGUGUCAACUGUUUUGAGCCACUGGCGCAAGCACCUGUAAUUUUUGUAGUGAUUGUCAUUCCGAGUCUUUUCGGUGAGCCGGACUUUUGGCACUGUUCAUGUAAAAGAGCCGGACCAUUUGACUCCCAAAUGGCUCUUAGUUCAAAAUGCUUAAACAUCGACCUAGAAGCAUGAAAAAAUGCAAAUAUCUAAUAUAAAGCCCCCAAUCUAGCUACCAUUGUGUCAGAUCUGGCCAAAUUAUUAGAUGUCCUGCAAAACAAUGAAAGAUUUUUUUACGUACUGAAAAAAAAUCAGCAUGGACCAGAAGAGGACUCACCUUCUUUUGAAUUAUUUUGUCAUUUAUCUGCGGAAACAAUAAAUAGCUCAAAAAGGA